AUAUGCAUUUGGAAUGAAAAACAUGCACUUCUAGUGCAGAGCGUAAAUUUCUUUGAUCGUUGCGCGCGCCACUGACAAUUUGACAGUCCUCAACGUAAGGGUGGGGGCUGUAGUACGCGGCCAUAUUGGCUACUUGUGACUUAGGAGGAACGAGUAAAAAAUAACCCAACUUUCUUCGUACCUUUCUACGUGAAAGAAAAUGUUGCCCUGGAGAAUUGUCCACUGACUCUUGUUACAUCGGUAUCAUCUCAGCACGACUGCGGCUUUACGCCGAGGUCUUUUAUCUCCCACACGAAGGCUAUUCCCUUUUAUCUGGAAAAUGAGUUUCUUCGGUUUUGGUCAGUCUGCUGAUAUAGAGAUCACAUUAGAUGGCGCCGAAACAAGGAAGACUGCGGAUAUUAAAUCCGAGGAUGGAAAAAAGGAACGGCAUUUAUUGUAUUAUGACGGCGAAACGGUAUCUGGCAAGAUUAAUAUCAGUUUAAGAAAAGCUGGUAAAUUGGAGCAUCAAGGUGUUAAAGUAGAGUUCAUUGGACAAAUUGAGCUGUAUUAUGAUAGAGGUAACCAUCAUGAGUUUACCAGUCUGGUGAAAGAAUUGGCAAGGCCAGGAGAGUUAACUCACAAUACAGUAUAUACAUUUGAAUUCCCGAAUGUGGAGAAACCAUUUGAGAGUUACACUGGCUCCAAUGUGCGAUUAAGAUACUUCUUGAAAGUAACAAUCGUACGAAGACUUAGUGACAUUGUUAAAGAACUCGAAUUAGUUGUGCACACGCUUAGUUCCUACCCAGAUAUGAAUAAUCCCAUUAAGAUGGAAGUUGGAAUUGAAGACUGCCUGCAUAUCGAAUUUGAAUAUAAUAAAAGCAAAUAUCAUUUGAAAGAUGUAAUUGUUGGCAAAAUAUACUUUCUUUUGGUUAGAAUUAAGAUAAAACAUAUGGAAAUAGCAAUUAUCAAACGUGAAACUACUGGUUCUGGCCCUCAUACGUUUACUGAGAACGAAACCAUAGCAAAAUAUGAGAUCAUGGAUGGUGCACCUGUUAGAGGAGAGUCCAUUCCUAUAAGAGUAUUCCUUGCUGGGUAUGAUUUGGCGCCUACAAUGCGUGACAUUAAUAAGAAGUUUAGUGUUAGAUAUUACCUGAAUCUGGUUCUCAUGGACGAAGAAGAUCGUCGAUAUUUUAAACAGCAAGAAAUAACAUUAUGGAGGAAAGGUGAGAAGAGUAGAAAAUCGCAAACGGCUUCGCCGCACAUGCCAUCGCACUUAGUAUCGGCUGAGACAGGAUUUCCGCAAGGCGUUGCCCAAAACGGUCCACCGUCAGUACCACCCGGUGCUCCUGGUCAACUGCCAACAAGUAACAUCACGAAUGUAGAAGAUACUACAGCUCCGAUUGAAGGCAUGACACGAGAAGAAGGAGACGGGGAAGGUGAGAAAGAAGGCGGUCCAGAAAGCGAUUAAAUCUCGGCGUAUUAAUUUCGUCAUUGACGUCGGUUACAAUUCAGAUUAGUUAAACAUGGUCAAAUAUAGCCGAGAUACAAAGGAUAGAAUGCGAAAGAAUUAGUUUAGCAAAGAAAAGGAAGAAGAAAUGUCUCCUUUAUUGCGCCGGGAAAUUUGUUUUUAGUAAGAGAAACAGCGGGGCGUGUAAAGACUCGCUAGUAAAAUUGUAAAUAUUUUGGAUAUAUAUACCCCCACAUACACAACAUACACGCAUUACAUACAUAAUUGAGAGCCAACGCGAUUUGUAACUAGUUGAUUAUCGAUCAAAAUUAUAAUACUAUCGAAAAGAGACACAAAGGAAGAUUUAACCAUGAUGGGGAAAGAAUAUGGUUCCGCGAAAUUGUUUAACAAGUUGUAUAUUGCGAAGUAUAAUAUGAACCAGCAGUAUAAAUAUUCCUGAAUGGAUGGCUUACUAAUCAAAUAUUAACCAACGAUAUAUUUUGCAAAACAUCUGGGUGUUAUAGUGUUCUAAAUGUUUUAUACAGGCAAUGCCCAUUGAGACCCGCCCAUUGUAUAAUUCUGAUAAAAACUGAAGUCUCUCAUUCAGCAGCGUCAUGUGUUACACAAAGAGAUUUUAUAUGUAUAAAAUAGACAUGUAUACUCACAAAGGCUGCCCCAUAUUAAUCCGUUCAACUAGUCUACGAAUAAUGAUUAAGAGCACGAAAAAGCUACACUUAUGUAAAUGAUGCAUGUUUUUAAUAAUAAUUUAUAUAAUGUAAACACAAGAGAUACCUUGAGCAAAGAAAAUCACACUUAUUUUUAGAACGAGUUUAUACAAAAAAAAGAAAAAAAAAGAAUAUCGAUUAUUGCAUGAUAAAAGCCGUAGAUAAAUCUUUUCCUUUGAGUUUAGCUAAAUUGUGCAUAGUAAAACAAUUUCAUAAGAUAGUCUUUUAUAUGCAAGAGUGUGCAUUAUUUAAUAAUAAUCUUCCAAACACGAAUUAUAUGUAUGAUAUCUGCUCAAGACAAUAUGCCUUUCUUGACACGAGAGUGGACUAUAAUAGAUUAAAUAAUGGGGUAGCCGCCUCGUGUAUUUAUAAAUAUAUACAUACUGCAGUUCACGUAUAUGCAUAUAUAUGUAUAUAUAAAUACAAUUUCUCAUUUUGGCAAUAACGACUAACUGGAUCAUUUAUGGUGUUUGAUAAAUCGUAAGACACCUGACGAAGAGAUAAUUUGUUGUAUAAAGACGGAUAAUAUAGAAUAUAUUUUUAAAUAGUCAUUAGCUUUGAAGGCAGCGAUUUUGAGUAUGAAAAUAUUGUAUGUCAAUUUGGCUGUUGAUACUUAUGUGCAUCCAUUCACAUAUUAAAAAUAAUUUCUCUCAUGUAACAUGCAAUCAUUUAAAAAUAUUUAUUUUUCAUUUCUUUUUUUCAUAAGAAAACUUACACUCUCGCCAAUUGUACUACGAUUUACAGACAUCCUAUAUUACACAUACAUACGCGUGUGCACAUAUGCCCGCGCGCAUACACACACACACACACAUAUAUGUAUUACGUAUUACAAUAUCAUCAACAGUCAUAAGCAGACAUAUUUUCCAUCGUCGCAGUGUGACUAAAUGCUGCCGCGAUGAAAGCGAUGCUGCUGCUGCUGCUGCUGCUGAAAAAGGAAAACCUGUCGUUUUGUACUGUUCUAUAUCAUAGAAAAUGACUGUAAAAAGGAAAAUAUCCUAAGGAAGUGCAUAACAUAUAGUUAGUUGAUAUACAUACAUAUAAUGCGCUCGAACUUUUUUUCAUGUAAAUUUAAACUUUUCAUAAUCCACGCCUUUGUUAUCUGUUGACUCUCAAACAAUGGGAUCGUGAGAAAAAACUGAGUAUAAAAAUAUAAAGAUGGAGGAAUGUACGUGUAUGUAGACGAGAAGAGGGAAAAUCUAUUUGUGAAUUAUUUGACAUGUCAAAUAUUGUAUAUAUAUACAUAUACAACAUAUUAUCAUGCGAUAUGCAAUUAGUUGUAUAUUUCAAUGCCCAUAUGAAUAUAUUAUAUAUUGUAUACAGUGCAUGUGUGGUGCCUACAUGUGUAUAUUGAAAGAUUAUUAUUAAUUAUUUCACAUAUAUACAAUUUGUCUCAUUUUAAUUCUUAUAUCUUUAUUUCUUGUUAGUAAAUAGAGACAAAGUCUAUUAAA